AUGGAAGUAUCGGGUCGUAAGGAAUGGGAUGAUAAACAUUCAACAUCUAACCAAGGGAGACAACGUACAGUUCUUUGCCAACCUUGUGAGUGUGAUGGUGAUACAAUAGAAGCGGACGCAUUCUGUGAAACUUGUAACGAGUUCCUCUGUUCUCCAUGUUUGAAGGCUCAUCGGAAAUUAGCUAUAAGUAAAAAUCACGUGAUCAAGUCAAAGAAUGAAAUGCCAAUAUCAAGGGAAAAGCAAAAAGAUCUAUGUACAGAGUUGUGUUCAGUCCAUCUUACCGAAAUAAUAAAGUUUUAUUGUGAAGACCAUAAUUUUGUAGGAUGCGGAGAUUGCAUUGUCCUUAGCCACAAAACGUGUUCUGUUAAACUCGUCAAUAAUGUCUCGGAUAACUAUGAUGCCUGCGAGGAAUUCGGGCAGACCAAGAAAAGCCUUCUGCGUAGAAUUUCAUCUUACCAGGGUAUUAUAGUAGAUACCAUUAAAGCUGCUGAUGAAAUGCGAGAAAAGAUUAUGAAAGAUAUUCAUAUUUUCCGACAAGAGAUUAACGAAUAUUUGGAUAAUGCUGAGGCAGAUGUGCUGAAACGAAUAGAUCAGCUGACAUCGAAACAAGUGUCUCAACUUGAACAUAUCCAAAAAGAAUUUGAGUCUAUGGCCACUGAAAUGAGAGAAUGCCAAGACAAAAUAAGUAAAAAUUCAGAUAAGAUAAAUCAAUUGUUUGUAAUUGCAAAACUUGCAUAUGAAAAGAUUGAUGCCUGUCAGAUUUCAACAGAGGAGCUAGCGUCUAAAUGUGAGAUUGAAACAUUUGAUUUGGUGAAGUCUCAGGAUUUAGAAAAACUUGUAACAGACAAAUUAUACAUUGGUGAUAUCAAUGCAGAUAAGCGAAAGUUAAGCACACUCAACAAAAUGAGUCUAAAAGACGUUCAAACGACGCUGUUAAAAAAGUUAAAUGUCCUCAGUGCAGUACGCGACAGGACGCCAAGCUUAAUAUCAGGAAUGGCAAUAAUUUCCUGUGAUGAACUCUUGCUUGUAGAUUGUGCAAAUGAUUGUUUAAAACUUAAAACCUUAGAAAAGUUUAUGAUAGCUUUUACAUUAAAUACAAAUGGUUAA